AUGGGAAGGCCACGGAACUCGGGUGCAGCAGCUGCUGCAGCGAAGCAUGUAGCAGCAGCAGGCCGUCAGAAAUCGCUGCUGUCCAGCUGCAGCAGCAGAAGGACUAGUUGUUACUCAAGCAGCGAAGAGCGCGUUAGCAGCAAAGGCAGCAGCAAGAGCAGCAGCAGCAACUUGAAUCGGCCGCAGGGUCUUUUUGCAGUUAAGAAGGAGCCGUCGGUGCAGCAGCAGCAGCAGCAGCGGCAGCAGCAGCAGCAGCAGCGGCAGCAGCAGCAGCAGCAAGUGAGGAGACGUGGGCGGCCUGCUGCUGCUUCCUCCUCUGCUGCAGAGCCAGUAGAAGCACUUUCGGCAGCAGCAGCACCAGCAGCAGCAGCCGCAGAAUCCCUGCCGCCUUGGCUGCAGCUGAUGCUGGGCACAUUCAAGCUGUACAUACACCGCAGCAUAUCCCUUGCUGCUGCUCUGCAGCGGCUCUCGGGGGUGCUGCAGCAAGCAGCUGCUGCUGGAGCUCCUGCGAACUGUAGCAGCAGCAGCAGCUGCAGCAGCAGCAGGGAGCCUGAUGCAGCGCAGCUAGCAGAAUGCGUGGCCCGGCUUUGCCUCCGCCUGGCUUUGCUGCUGCCGCGGCUGCCGCAGCGGGAGGCGCAGCGAGUUGCUGCGCUGCCGCUGCAGCUGCUGCUGCGGGCCGACGAGCUUGCUGCUGCUGCUGCUGCUGAAGAUGGGGAGCCAGUGGCUGGCGAAGCAGAUGAGAACAGGAACUCGCAGCAGCAGCAGCAGGUGCUGCUGCAGCAGCAGCAGCUGCAAGAGAAGGAGAUGGGCAGAAGCCCACAGCAAGAGUACCCGCUGCUGCACGGUCUCUGGAGGCGUUUGCUGCCGCUGCUGAUGGCGAAGCAGCGGCCGGUGCGGCUAGGAACCGCCUGCUUGCUGCUGCAGCUGCUGCAGCUGCUGCAGCAGCAAGCUGCGGGGUGUCGAUACACCCCACACUCCCUGCUGCAGCAGCACCUGCAGCAGUGCCUCGCUUUCAUGCAGCAGGGAAGAGACCCGCAGCAGCGGAGGCUGGCGCUGCUGCUGCUUGACAGCUACCAGAAUGACGCAGCAGUGAAAACUGCCUUCAUCCAGGCCCUCACGGACGAGGCCCCAGCUGUGAGGCGCGCUGCAGUGCGGCGGCUGCUGCUGCCGCAGCUGGACCUGCAGCAGCAGCAGCAGCAGCAGCAGCAGCAGCAGCCAGUGGAGGCGCAACAGGAGAAGCAGCAGCCAGAGAAGCGUGAGCAGCACGAAGCGGAGGAACCACAAUUGCAGCAACAAGUGCAGAAGCAGCUAGAACUGCAGCAGCAGCAGCAGCAGCAGCAAACCGAGGAGAAUGAAGCAGCAAUAAAUGAGCUGCUGACGAGGGCCUUUGACGCCGCAGCUGAAGUCCGAGCAGCACUUUACAGAAAGCUCUCAACGGUUGAGGGUUUGCUGACGCCCCAAAAAAGGACUGAGCUGGUGAUGGUGGGUUUAAAUGACAGAACUGCUUCAGUGAGGGAUAGUUGUUUGAAGAUGCUGCGGGCUUGGGUGCAGCAGCGGGACCUGCUGCUGCAGCGCCAGCAGCAGCAGCAGCAGCAGCAGCAGCAGCAGCAGCAGCAGCAGCAGCAGCAGCAGCAGCAGGUCAAGCAAGAGGAGCAGGUGCAGCAGCAGCAGGAGCAGCUCGAAAAGCCGCAGGAGCUUCAAGGGCCGCCAGAGGAGGCGCAGCAGCGAGUGCAGCAGAACGAGCAACACGAGCAGCAGCAGCAGCAGCAGCUUGAGCAGCAGCAAUUUACUGCUGCAUGCGGAGGCCUCGUGGCCUUUAUUGAGGACUUGGGCGAAUGCCUUCCUGCAACAGAGGGGGCCAUCGAGUUGGCAGUCAAGGAGCUCCUCCUCGCUUACCCAAACGAGG